UGUACAUACAUUGCCUAGUGCCUCUGCAGACAGUCUGCAGAGAAUUCAAUAUGGUGUCGUUAGUCAAGCGGUGUAUCGCAUGAUUCUGUCAACGUCGACGCAUUUAAUUUUGCAAUUGAAUACUUUUCUCUUGUAGUUCCCAACUGUUUGUCAAUUAUGAAAAUACGGCUGAAAAUCAACCAAGAGCUUAGGCCUCGCUGACAUUGCCACCCUUUCACUCGGGCCUUCUAAAUUGACCAUUGUGUAGUGCGUUGAACAUUUUUGAGUGUUUUUAACCUGUUAUUCAAAUCAUAAUAUAUUUUUUAUAUUUACUAAUCGUAUGCAAGCUUACACUCGCGUUCUUUUUAAAUUUUUUUCAUUACAUUGUGCAUCGAAACACGCAUCAUCAUUGUCUUUUUUGGUGAAAAUCGUCGAUAAAAGUUUUCUUCAAAACGGGCAAUGGAGACCAGCGUAGUAAACAGCAGCAACUCAGAGCCUAUUGUUGAUUCCGAUACUAUUAAUAAGGUCAAAGACAAAGAAAACUUGUCAGAUGUCGAAAUCGUAACCAAUGACAUCAAGACCCGAUUAUACUUGCUCAAAAACAGCACCGACCAACGUCCAGCAGAAACCAAACAAUUGAAUGGACUUCGACAACUUAAUGGCAGGACCGAAUCUUCGUCAUCUGAAUCCAAAAGUUUUGUUGAUAAUACGCAAAAUGUCCAGUCUAAAAAUACUGAAGCUAAUCAUGUCAAUGAAAAAUGCACUGAGGCACAGGAUUUACCUAAGAGUACAACAGGGGAAAUUGAAUACGUUAGUUACACUAGUGAAUUACAAAUGCCAGAUAUAAUGAAAUUAAUUCAAAAAGACUUGAGCGAACCAUAUUCUAUUUACACUUAUCGAUAUUUUAUUCACAACUGGCCAAAGUUAUGCUUCUUGGCAAUGGAUGGCAAAGAAUGCAUAGGUGCUAUAGUUUGCAAACUAGAUAUUCACAGAAAAAUAACUAAACGAGGUUAUAUAGCUAUGCUUGCUGUAGAUAUAAAAUACAGAAAACGUAAAAUUGGUUCAAAUUUAGUUAGACGUGCAAUAAAAGCAAUGAUUGAUGACAAUGCAGAUGAAAUUGUGUUGGAAACUGAAAUUACAAAUCAACCUGCACUAAAAUUAUAUGAAAAUCUUGGUUUUGUUCGUGAUAAGCGCUUGUUUCGCUACUAUUUGAAUGGAGUAGAUGCUCUAAGACUCAAACUUUGGCUAAGAUGAAAUUCACAAGUGUACUUGUGUUAAUAAAAUUUCAAAUUUAGCUACUUAUACCGAAGAUUAACUUCAGUAAAACAUAGCAAAGUGAUUUUGUGUACAUGUGCACUUUUUAUUUGUUAAAAUUGAUAUGACUUCUAUGUUGAAUCACAGCGUCAAAUGUUGUUUUUUUAGGUAUCGAUGUAAUAUCGCAAGUGUAAAAGAGUGAUUGUACUGUUAUAAAUAAUUUAUUUCUUCUCUAGCACUGUAUAAAAAUUCAAAAUUUGUAAUUAAUAAUCUAUUUUAAAACUGCUAAACUAAAUAUAAAAACUGUUUGCAAAAAAAUUAUUUUUCAUUAACAACUGUGUAAUUAGAAUUUCAUUGCAUUAUGCUAUUUAUAAUUAAAAUGGAAAUUGCACAUAAAGUUUAGAAUAAUUUGUUUAUAAAGUUAUGAAAUUUAUAUAAUAAAAUGUGUUCAUAAUCUGAUGACUGAGUUCCCCGCAACAAAUCAUUAAAAGGGAUAAGUAAUUUAAAGCAGUUACUAAUGUGAUUAAAAGGAGAAAAGUAAUGACAAUUUCAAUGGGAAAAUUCCUUUAUCAAUCAGAUCAUGGAAAUUAAAUUAAAAAUAUGGCUUUAAAAUAUUUGAAAUGAACUGUGCAAAGUGAUACUAAAAGCUACUCAAUAAAUUACAAAUAACUUUGAAUAAAUCAAAGAUACAGACGUCCAGUGGAGUUUCUGAUUUUCCAGAAAG